AUGGCACGUACGAAACAGACCGCCCGAAAGUCUACUGGUGGAAAGGCUCCACGAAAGCAGUUAGCCACCAAGGCUGCAAGAAAGUCGGCUCCAGCUACCGGUGGUGUCAAGAAGCCCCAUCGUUAUCGUCCGGGAACCGUCGCUCUGCGAGAAAUUCGGCGCUACCAAAAGAGCACUGAGUUGCUUAUUCGCAAGCUGCCUUUCCAGCGACUGGUUCGCGAAAUCGCACAAGACUUUAAAACGGAUCUUCGUUUCCAGAGUUCUGCUGUGAUGGCUUUGCAGGAGGCCAGUGAGGCGUAUUUGGUUGGCCUCUUCGAGGAUACGAAUCUGUGCGCCAUCCACGCCAAACGUGUUACGAUCAUGCCAAAGGACAUCCAGUUGGCAAGGCGUAUUCGCGGCGAGCGUGCAUAA